CAGUUUCUUUCAAAGCGGGGUUAAUAAAUGCCGAGUAAUUGGUUCUAGGUUUAGAUGAUGUGAAAAAGAGGACAAAGAGGCAAAGGUUCUUCGCACAAACUGCAGAGUCAACUGGAGACACAGAAAACGUUGAGGGAGAGUAUCAAUACUGAAAUCACGGGCAGUCCAAAAUUCUCAAAAUUCCCUUGUAGUUUUCUUGCACGCUUCUUCGAAGUAGUUGAGGACCGGGGUUAUUUUGCAUCAUCUUCAAAUAAAAUUAUAAACUGCGCAGGGGAAAUGACAAUGAUAAUGGCAGCAUUUGUUCCUUUGGUAUAGCUCUUCAUCGGCGUCUUCGAAUCCCGAUCUAUCGUUACACAGUUUAUAACAGGUUUCUGCUGGUUAAAAGGCGGGCUUUGCUCUGAGGAAUUUUCUUCAUUUGAAACGUUUUCAAAACUAGUUUAACAUUAAAAAUCUACUUAAAGUAGAAUCCAGUGAAGUUGCGGUGUGAUUUUUGUGUUUUUAGUAGCCUAAGGGAAGGGCCCUGGGAGAAUUUGAAGCUAGAAGGCUCUCUAGGAAGCAGAAAGAAUUGAGAGGCUGUCCAUCUUCUGUAUAAGAUGCACUUCCUUGCAUCAUUUCACAAAAAUGCAGGAGUUAAAGUGUUUAGCACCAAGAGUCCUGCAGAUAAAUGGACAGCAAGAAGUUCAUGCAACUUGUGGAAGAAAAGAAGAAGAAAGCUCUUCAGAGAAUGGAGGCCCCUUUGAAAUGGGAGCAGAAACUUGAGGCUGCAGCAAAGGCAAAAGCAGAAGCAGAGGCCAAGGAAAGAGAAGAGAGGAAAUUGAAGUCCAAACAUAAAAAGAGAAGUUCGCCAGAUACUGGUGAUGAGAGUGAUAGAGAAAAGAGGUUGGAGAAGAAAGCUCACAGGAAGCACAGAAAAAGGAGUUACUCAGACUCUUCUGAUGAGAAUGAAGAACAACCAAGGAAGGUAGAAAAAAGAACCCAUCGGAGGCAUAAGAGAAGAACUUCUGGUUCUAGUGAUGAAAAUGCAGACAAUAAAAGAAUUGACAAAAGGUCUCGUAAGCGGCAGAGAAAAGUAAACAGUGACUAUGAGUCUGACUCUGAAGAUGAGCAGGGUAAAAGAGUUGGAAAGAAGGGUCAUAAGAGACAUAGAAGGAAAGAACCGGGAUUGGAUUCAGGUGAUGACAUCAGUGAUGGACAUGAUAAGCGAGCAGAUAAAAAAGCUGGCAGAAAGCAUACAAGCACUUCAUCGGACUCAGAUUCUGGAAGAGAAGGGUUAAAGAAAAAGAGGCACCACAAGAGGCAUGGCCAUAAGCACUCAAAAAAGUAUAGAAGGGAAGAGUCUGAUUCUGACACUGACAGGGAAGCAGCUGAUUAUGAUGAUGGCAGAUUGGCAAGAAUGAAGAGGAAACAACACAGAAGGCACAGGCGUGAUCAUUCUGGUUCUGAGAGGCCUGUGACAUCUGAUUAUGAAGGACCUUUCAGUGAUGAAGGACAAAUAGCAAGACCAAGGAGAAGGCAUCACAGAAGGCACAUGCGAGAGCACUCUGGUUCUGAAAAAAAUAUUACAUCUGAUUCUGAAGGAUCUUCGAGUGAUGAAGGUCGACGUGCAAGAUCAAGAAAGAAACGCCAUAGGCGGGAGCGCUCUACUUCUGCGACGCCUGAAACUGAAAGGGGCAUAGAGAAACACAAGGGAAAAGAUCCUUAUGCAUUGGAAAUAUCAGGUAAUCACUCUGAUGGCUAUCAUAACUCCGAUGAUGAACAUGCUAGAACAAACAGGCAGAGAUCUUAUGACCACCACCACACUCAUCAAUAUCAUCAUGAGGACUCCAGUGUAAAUGUGAAAACAUCCAAGCAGUCAUCUUCUCCGGUGCCUGUUAGUGAAGCGGAUGGUAUUCGUCAACAUGAAGUGAAUCACGAUUUGGAUGAUGUGCAAGCCUGAGUUUUCAAACGUUGACACAUGGAGCUUGCUAUAAUGGAUAAUCAGAGGAUAAUUUAUUUGAUUUAGUUAGAUUAUUUUUGCUGGACAUUAAACUUUAUCAUUUGAUUUUGCUUUUUGACACAUGAUCAGGUGAAAUGAAUUCUUAGACAAUAAUUUUGAAGAAUUGAAAGCAAUAGCCCAUGUUUAAUA